AACACCAGAGGACGAGAACCCGCAGAACACCAAGGACGAGAACCCGCAGAACACCAAAGACGAGAACCCGCAGAACACCAAGGACGAGAACCUGCAGAACAUCAAGGGUCUGGAGCAAGAGGAGCUUGAGGCGUAUGCCGCGAACAAUGCCGCAGAGCAGCUCCAAGGUCUUGACCGAAGGGACCCAGUGCCACGAUCACAGCCAGAAGGCCCACCGAGCGCAGAGGAGGUGGCAGCCCACAACUUGACACACGUGCCGUUUCAGCGCUGGUGCGAGAGCUGUGUGGCAACAAGGAGCCGAGCCGACGCCCACCACACCGGAGCCAACCGUGAGACUAAGGUGCCGGUGGUGCAAAUCGACUUCUACUUUACCUCCCUCGACGACCACGCCAGGCCAGCCGGACAAGGUGAGCAGGACACGUGCUGCUUGAUUGGGGUCGACCUCGAGACCAAGAUGGUGCUCUCCGUGCCGGGCCCCAACAAAGGAGCAGUUAUUUUGCACAGGGCGGCUGAGGAGGUCACCCGUUUCACUAUUUCCCUCCAUGGCGACGAGGCUGUGAUUUUGCAGUCCGACGGGGAGCCCGCCAUCAAGGCUGUCGCCCGAGCCGUAGCCGCAGCCAGGAACAAGCUUGGAAAGAAAACCGUGCAGCGAACUACGCCCGUGGCGGCCCACCAGAGCAAUGGAGGAGCAGAGCGUGCAGUGCAAACCGUGAGGCGUUUGGGGACGUGCCUUUUCCACGCCCUGGAACUCAAAGCCGGGACUUUCCCGGCGGACACGCCUUUGAAGCUUUGGGCCCAGGUCCACGGGGCCUUCCUCUACAACCGGUUCCACGUGCUGCCUGGAGUCCUGCAGACCCCCUACGAGUUGGCUUAUGGCGGCCGGAAGUUCACCAAGGCCCUUUGCCAUAAGGGCGAGCCCAGGUGGAUUAAAGGCCUAUGGGUUGGUAUGAGCACCACCUCCGGGGCCAACCACCUGAUGACUACCUACGGCCACAUCCAGAGCGAGAGCGUCCGCCGGGCCACCGAGGAGCAGCAGCUGACAGCGAACCAGGUGGAGGACAUGUGUAUCACGGGCUGGCCCUGGAACCGAGACCAUGUGGAGCAGCCCCGACGGCGCAAGAAGGAGCCGCGCCGAGCCGAAGCAGCCCCGACACUUGAAGCAGGAGUUCAGCUACCUCUUGGUGCUCCGCCGGGGCACCCUCUUCUUCCCGAGGAAGAUAACGAGGCCCAAGCAGUUGAGGCAGCAGCCAAAGGACGUGGCGCUUUUGAGAAGCCCGUCGCGGAGUGCAAGACCAAGCCCGUCGAGAGCCAGGAGCCCAUCGAGGCCGAGGAGAUGAGCGGAGGAGGCGGCGCGGAUGCCACAACCGAGCCCGCCGAGGUGGUACACCAACCGGGCCCCGAUGAGGCCAUGGAUGCCGAUGAGGAGUUUGCAGUUCGUAUGGUGGAGACCGUGGACGCUGCCUGGCACGAGGCCUGGGAGAACACCGCCUAUGGUGAGGCCGAGGACUUUGACGGCGAACAGCCACCCGACCUCAGCCCCGAGGACCUUGCCGAGCUGGACGACCAAGCGGAGAUUGAGGAGCUCACCUGCCUGGAGGGCAUGAACGAGCAAGCCGAGCACCUCAGCACGGUCUUUGUGAAGACGUGGAAGAAGGGACCCGACGGGUGGUUCAGAAGGGCCAGGCUGGUGGCGAGGCAGUACCGCUGGGCCUCGGAUAUGCUCGAGGAGGACACCUUCAGCCCAGCGAGUGUGAGUACCCUGGCGCGUUUGGUGCCACUUCUGGCCCAGAAGUGGGGCACCCCAAUCUACAUUAUGGACGUCAAGGACGCCUACCUUUGUGUUCCCCAGCCGGAGGACGAGCCCGUGGUUGUGACGGCCCCGCGGUCCUACGUGAAUAAGUUCGGUGCCAGCAAGACCUGGAAGCUUGGGCGAGUGCUGCCGGGACAACGGCGAGGCGCCCAAGAGUGGUGUCACCAGCUGGCCGGUGACCUCAACAACGCCAACCUGGAAUCCAUGCCAGAGGUGCCGACCCUCUACAGAGCCAGUGGCAGUGGCGAGCGCUACGUGGCACAAGUGCACGUGGAUGAUAUUAUGGCCACCGGGGACGCUGAGCCCCAUGGCCGAGUGGAGAAGGACCUCACCAACCGGUACACCGUGAAGAUUGCCGGCCCCUACCAGCAGCCCGGGGACGAGUUCGAGUUUCUUAAGCGACGGUACCAGAUCCAGAGCGAUGGUUCCAUCACUGUUCGCGCCCCG